ACAUGUUGGUUUGGCUAUUUUGAGAAUUAAUUUACAACUCUUAUUUCACGAUUAGACAUCAACCAAGGCAUGAAUUAUUUUAUGCACCUUACAGAAAAGUUCCAAUUGGAAAAUGGUUAUGGAAAUAUGUCCAGAAAAAUACAGAAAAGUUUAAAUCUGUGGGUUUUUUCACAUAUUUAUCCUUUGCUUGAAGCAUCAGGUAUUCUCACUAGAAGCCUGGAGCUCUACACUGAGUCUAACCUCCAGUUCUUAUGUUCUGUGGUUACUUGUUAAGCUUUCUCAGAAAUUGUUUGGUUAUGUGAUAGACUGAUAGUUUAUGUUGGAGUCUCGAGUCUAUGGGAGUAUGGGACUUGAUAGCUACCUUUAUAAGCUUUCAUAUGUUUAAAUCGUUUUCAUGCAUUCUUGCCUUUCUAUUAAAAUAUCCUAUAAUCGUUUCUAUAUAUGGCCAAUGUCUUCAUUUGUGUGUUUAUAAUCGUUUCUAUAUAUGGCCAAUGUCUUCAUUUGUGUGUUUAUAAUCGUUUCAUGUGUUUGUUACUUGACAUAAAUGUUUCGCGUUGCUUAAAUUUAGAAAGAAGAUUACAAAGCAAUGGAUAAGUCAUGGAUUACGAUGCCACAAAAUUCACUUGUGUAUGAGCAGGGAGUUAGGGGAUUUAUUGAUUUUGCUUUUGAACAUGCUUCUGCAAAUGGUAAGAUAAUAUGCCCUUGUUCCCUAUGUCAUUUUCAAGAGUGGCAGACAAGGGAUGAUGUGUAUAACCACUUAACUCGUGAAAAAUUCCAAGAAGGAUACACUUUUUGGUUUUGUCAUGGUGAGUCCAAAAUAAGGGAUACCAGUAAUGUUGCUCGUAGAAAUGUUUCAAAUGUGAUAAAAGACACCAUGAUUGAUGGAGAUCCAAUCCGAAACAUGACCAAUGAUGUUUUUGGAGUUGAUAGGCAACAUGAGAAUGAAGUUCGCAUUGAAUCAAAUGAAGACAUUGGCCAAGGAGGAGGGACGAUCGCAAAUGUGACUCAAGAAGGGCAUGAAGCUAAAGAGUUUAAUGAAUUAGCAAGAGAUGGAGAACAAUCUUUGUAUGAAGGGUGUGCGAAAUAUUCUAAACUUUCUUUUAUGGCGAGGUUGUAUCAUAUUAAAUGCUUAUGUGGAAUGAGUGACAAGGCUAUGACAAUGAUAUUGGAGCUAUUACAAGAUGCAUUUGAACAUGCAGAUAUUCCAAGUUCAUUCAACGAGGCCAAGAAAACUAUUACCAAGUUGGGUUUAGAUGAUGAAAAGAUACAUGCAUGUCCAAAUAAUUGUUUGCUGAAUUGGGGUGCAGAUGAUGAAAUAAGAAAAACAUGCAAAGUCUGUAACAAGUCCAGAUGGAAACCAAAGGCAAAAGGUGAUGAGAUUAUAACAUCCGAUGAUGGAAACAGUAAGAAUAAGGAUAUUUGUGAUAAAAAUGCUGCCAACCGACAGAAGCAAACCGUUUCUCAUACUCUUAGGUCGGGAAAGAAACGUGAGCUGGAACUCUUAGAGACGCAAACUGACGGGAUAUCUUCUACAGAAGACAUCUAUACUGAAGAUUUUGGGGAAGAGCAUUCAGGACACGAUCAAAGUAUGGGAUUUGAUGUUUGCCGCUCCAAGGUCCUCAAAUCCACUGGUGGUCCCACAGCAAAUGAAAUCAAAGAGUUGAAAUCAGAAAUUGAUGCUUUAUCGGAACAAGUGGCGUUUCUUGUACAACAUUUAGGUGUUCAAUUGCCGCUUAAUCAGGUUACAGACCUAGACUCAAGAUGUUCUAGUUCUUCCUAUGCUAGUCACGAACCCCGAAGUCAGGGGCCAUCAUCUCCUCCAACUUAGUUUUUUAUUUAAAUUGAAGGGAUAUAUAACACUACUAAAAUAUUAGACUGUUAUUUUGUGUUGUUUUAACUUUCAUGCAAUGAAUGA